UGCCGCUCAUUCAGAGUAAACCGUCAGAAUGUUUUCUGUGAGGUUGUGAUGAGGAGGGACAGUUGACUGAGCUGAGAUAGAGUUUGGCGGCGGCGGGUCUCGAACACAGUGGAAGUACCGUUGGCGAUGCGUAGCGACGCGUGUGUGAGCGCUUGCCGUGCUUCCCUCAGGAGUUUAAAUUGAGUCGCCCGCAGCAGCAGCGAACACCCAUGGCCACCGGUUGUCUAAUUAGAUUAGCCAGAGGCUUUUCCUCAGAUAAUCAUCCUGCCGGCUCUCUUCUCCUCUCCGCUGGAGCUACCGCCAUCCCGCUGCUCCGCUUGAAGGUCGAAUCUUAUUUCUGAACGGAGUGUGUUCAGUAGACCCAGCGGGGUGCCGACCGAGGUGAGGUGGGCUCGAACAGAGUGAGGGUUCUCGAACUGAGUGAGUGGUCGCGGACAAAGUAAGGGAUCUCGGACAGAGUGAGGGGGCUCGGACGGAGUUGGGCGAGGAGAGCGACAGGGGAGACUAAUCCAUCUCUAGUUUUAUCUACGGGUUCGACCCCACGUGGGGACCAUAAAGCGCUCUGAUUGGUCAGAGAGACAGAUGUAGGCUUGUGACCUCUGACCUCCUCAGCCCCAGGAAGAGAAUGGAGGAAAUGGAUUUCUUCAUGUCGGACCUUUAGCGACCUCGAGGGAAACACGGAAUAACCACUGAGGAAGACCUCCGGUUCCACUUCCUGUCCUCUACUUUCUGCCCUCUUCUUCCUGUGUUGCUUCCUGUCCUCUACGUCCUGUACUUCGGGAGGUCAGCCUAUCUACUACCUGUCCUUCAGGAGCCCAGGCUAUCUACUUCCUGUUCCCUACUUCUGGUGGUCCCGGAGAUCAGGCUCUAUACUUCCUGUGCUCUACUUCCUGUCGGAGCUCAGCCAUGGCUAACAACUCGUUCCGGGUGUCGAAGCGCGGCGGCCGUGCGGAGGCUAAUCAUAUCGCCCCGGAGUUCAGCGUCUCCGUGAAGGAGCUGCAGGCGCUGAUGGAGCUGAAGGGGUCAGAAGGCGCCGCCCACAUCCAGGAGGUCUACGGCGACGUCGGCGGGCUCUGCGCCAAGCUCAGGACCUCCCCCGUCAAUGGGCUGGACGGGACUGCCGAGGACUUACAGCGACGGAGGGAGGGGUUCGGCCAGAAUCACAUCCCUCCCAAGAAGCCAAAGACCUUCCUGCACCUGGUGUGGGAGGCCCUGCAGGACGUCACCCUGAUCAUCCUGGAGGUGGCGGCCAUCAUCUCGCUGUCCCUGUCCCUCUACAACCCCCCCGACACCAGGAGGGAGAACUGUGGCCGAGCGGCAGGUGGGGUGGAGGACGAGGGCGAGGCGGAGGCGGGCUGGAUCGAGGGCGCGGCCAUCCUCCUGUCGGUGGUGUGCGUUGUCCUGGUGACGGCCUUCAACGACUGGUCCAAGGAGAAGCAGUUCCGCGGGCUGCAGAGCCGCAUCGAGCAGGAGCAGAGGUUCUCUGUGGUGAGGGGGGGGCAGCUGGUCCUCGUCCUGGUGUCUGAGAUCCUGGUGGGAGACGUGGCCCAGGUCAAGUAUGGGGACUUGCUGCCUGCGGAUGGAGUGCUGAUCCAGGGGAACGACCUGAAGGUGGACGAGAGCUCCCUCACCGGGGAGUCAGACCACGUCAAAAAGACCCUGGACAAAGAUCCCAUGCUCCUCUCUGGCACCCAUGUGAUGGAGGGCUCUGGGAAGAUGCUGGUGACGGCCGUGGGGGUGAACUCUCAGACCGGCAUCAUCUUCACCCUGCUGGGCGCCGCGGACCAGGAGGAGGACGACGAGGAGGAGAAGGAGAAGAAGGAGAAAAAGAAGGAGGAGAAGAAGAAAGAGAGGGAGCGGAAAAAGAAAGAGAAGAAAGACAAAAGUAAGAAAGAGGGAAAGGGGAAGAAAGGUAAAGAUGGCGUUGCCGUGGAGAUGCAACCUCUGAACGACGACGGAGAGAAGAAGAAACCAAACCUCCCGAAGAAGGAGAAAUCUGUCCUGCAGGGGAAGCUAACCAAGCUAGCCGUCCAGAUCGGCAAAGCAGGUCUCUUCAUGUCGGGGAUCACGGUGGUCAUCCUCAUCACCCUCUUCGCGGUGGACACCUUCUGGGUGCAGGGUCUCCCCUGGGUGUCAGAGUGCGUCCCCGUCUACAUCCAGUUCUUCGUCAAGUUCUUCAUCAUCGGGGUGACGGUGCUGGUGGUGGCGGUCCCCGAGGGUCUGCCCCUGGCCGUCACCAUCUCCCUGGCCUACUCCGUCAAGAAAAUGAUGAAGGACAACAACCUGGUGCGCCACCUGGACGCGUGCGAGACCAUGGGCAACGCCACGGCCAUCUGCUCGGACAAGACGGGCACGCUCACCAUGAACCGCAUGACGGUGGUGCAGGCGUACCUGGGGGGCCGCCACUACCGCAAGGUCCCGGAGCCCGACCUCGUCCCCGCCCGCCUCCUGGACCUCCUGCUCACGGGCAUCGGGGUCAAUUGCGCCUACACCACCAAGAUCAUGGCCCCGGAGAAGGAGGGGGGGCUGCCCCGGCAGAUCGGCAACAAGACGGAGUGCGCCCUGCUGGGCUUCAGCCUGGACCUGAAGCGGGACUACCAGGCGGUCCGCAACCUGAUCCCCGAGGAGCGGCUCUUCAAGGUGUACACCUUCAACUCGGUGCGCAAGUCCAUGAGCACCGUGCUGAAGAACGCCGACGGAGGCUACCAGAUGUUCAGCAAGGGCGCCUCGGAGAUCCUGCUCAAGAAGUGCUGUAAGAUCCUGACGGCGAGUGGCGAGGCGAAGGCCUUCAAGGCGCAGGACCGUGAGGAGGUGAUGGAGCAGGUGGUGGAGCCCAUGGCGUCGGAGGGCCUCCGCACCAUCUGCCUGGCCUACCGCGACUUCCCCCCCGCCGACGGGGAGCCCGACUGGGACAACGAGGCAGACAUCCUCUCCGCGCUCACCUGCGUCUGUGUGGUGGGCAUCGAGGACCCCGUCAGACCCGAGGUCCCAGACGCAAUCAGGAAGUGUCAGCGCGCGGGCAUCACGGUGCGCAUGGUAACCGGGGACAACAUCAACACUGCCCGCGCCAUCGCCCUCAAGUGCGGCAUCCUGAACCCCGGCGACGACUUCCUGUGCAUGGAAGGGCGCGAGUUCAACCGCAGGAUCCGCAACGAGCUGAAUGAGAUAGAGCAGGAGCGUAUCGAUAAGGUUUGGCCCAAGCUGAGAGUCCUGGCUCGAUCGUCUCCCACCGACAAACACACUCUGGUGAAAGGCAUCAUCGACAGCACGGUGUUGGAGCAGCGGCAGGUGGUGGCGGUGACAGGGGACGGGACUAACGAUGGCCCCGCCCUCAAGAAGGCUGACGUCGGAUUCGCCAUGGGUAUAGCCGGUACUGACGUGGCCAAGGAGGCAUCGGACAUCAUCCUGACAGACGAUAACUUCUCAAGCAUCGUGAAGGCGGUGAUGUGGGGGAGGAACGUCUACGACAGCAUCUCCAAGUUCCUUCAGUUCCAGCUCACCGUCAACGUGGUGGCGGUCAUCGUCGCCUUCACUGGAGCCUGCAUCACACAGGACUCCCCCCUGAAGGCGGUUCAGAUGCUGUGGGUGAACCUCAUCAUGGACACGCUGGCCUCGCUGGCCCUGGCCACGGAGCCACCCACCGAGGCCCUGCUGCUCAGGAAGCCCUAUGGCCGGAACAAGCCCCUGAUCUCCAGGACCAUGAUGAAGAACAUCCUGGGCCACGGGGUCUACCAGCUCAUCACCAUCUUCACCCUGCUGUUUGCAGGUGAGAGGCUGCUGGACAUCGACUGCGGCCGCAACGCCCCGCUCCACGCCCCUCCCUCGGAGCACUACACCAUCGUCUUCAACACCUUCGUCCUCAUGCAGCUCUUCAACGAGAUCAACGCGAGGAAGAUCCACGGCGAGAGGAACGUCUUCGACGGCGUGUUCAACAACCCCAUCUUCUGCAGCAUCGUCCUCAGCACUUUCGUCAUCCAGUUCGUUAUCGUGCAGUUUGGGGGGAAGCCGUUCAGCUGUGUGAGUCUCAGCAUGGAACAGUGGCUGUGGUGCGUCUUCCUGGGCUUCGGAUCAUUGCUUUGGGGACAGGUGGUGUCCACCAUCCCCACCAGCCGUCUGAAGUUCCUGAAGACGGCUGGCCACGGCACGCAGCAGGAGGAGAUCCCUGAGGAGGAGCUGGACGAGAUGGACGACCUGGACGAGAUCGACCACGCCGAGAUGGAGCUCCGCCGGGGCCAGGUGCUCUGGUGCCGCGGCCUCAACCGCAUCCAGACCCAGAUCCGGGUGGUGAACGCCUUCCGGGACACCAUGUCCCCGUACGAGGGCCUGGAGACGCCAGAGUCGCGGAGCUCCAUCCACAACUUCAUGACCCACCCGGAGUUCCGCAUCGAGGACUCGGAGCCCCACAUCCCGCUCAUCGACGAUAACGUGGGCGACGAUGACGACGCCCCCACCAAGCGGAACUCCGUGGCCCCGCCCCAUUCUCUUGCGUCACCCAAUCAGAACAACAACAACGCCCUGGAGAGGAUCCACCCACUGCACCUAGGAGCCCCGCCCCAUUCUUCCUCUUCAGGCCCCUCCCCCUGCCCCGGGAGCCCCCUCCACAGUCUGGAGACCUCCCUCUGAGGAGCCAACUCCGCCCACAUGGGGGCGGAGUCAGUGAUGACAAUGCUGAGCCGGCCAACAGGAACGCCCCCUCGACGUUUGGACUGUUCCCAUUGGAGGACUCCAAACUGUGUGUGUUUUUACCCUUGUUGGGAGUUUAUUCUCGUGUGUUCUGUUUGAGCGUCAACUUUGAUUGACUUAGGGCCCGGGGGGGCGGAGACAAGAACAAGGAAAUGCUUAACCACCAAAGGGAUUUACGGUAAAAGAACCAAUUUGGGAAAAAUGUCUAAAAAGGAAUGUUGGAAUUCGCACACAGGAACCCUUAAACAGAAAUGUUUUAUUUUCCUUUAUUGUAAUUGUUGUAUUUAUUUUAUUUAUUCACUUCUAGAGAAAAAGAAGGAAGACACAAAUUGAAGUUGGGAACCAGAUGUUCCGUAGGACGUUGAAAGAGUAAAGAUCUGAUCUUAGAUCAGAACCACAAUGUUCUACCUCCCUGGUCGCUCCUAGUUGGUAGAACAUGAAACUUAAACCUUCCUCAUCCCUCCUCAUCCUCUCAGUUCCUCGCCAGUGGUGACUCUCACCACCACCCGCUGUUGGCUCCAUGGCGACGUGGUAACAAUGGCGACUCCAUUAAAUACUCAAUCAAUUAAAUAACAAAAGAGUCAGGUGACGUAAUUAAUGUUUGUGUUUGUAAAAGUAACAAGUGAAGUCUCUGGUUGGAUGAUCGAAACAUUUGAAUAAAGACUCACAAACAUGUCGACCA